AUGGUCGGAACAUCGAUACCGGAUUUGCUUCGCCCCUCCGCUUUGAUACUCCGCUCUCAUUAUCGGUCACAUCUAGUACCCCUGCAAUUUGUAUCAGGACGAAUGUUAGGACUCUCCGAUUCAACGAGUUCACCAAUGGAACAAAUCCGAGAUCUUGCUCCAGGUAUCUACAAGAUUGAGAAUGUCUCGAUUCGCGAUUGUGUUCUAGAUCUCUCUGGAGUGGAUAAUAAGACUAUCAUUGGGUUAGCAAACGGGACGACCGUCGUUGCCAAUCCUUAUCCAGUCAGCUGGGUUUUUGAUCCAAGUGACUGUGGCAAGGAGGAUGUAUGGAAAAUUGGUUGGCCAAACAACGCAUUAUUAUUUGAUAUGGACAUGAGUGGAAGUCGUCACAUUAUAUUGCAAAGUAAUGACUCAUUGUCAGGAAGUCGUUGGCGCCUCGUAAAACUGGGUGAGAUUGCCACCGACAUCCCGGACCAAACCAGCGUCAGAAACCCGACACCGCAAGAGUUAAUUAUCGAUCCGCCGGCGUCCACGACAACAGCUGAUACGAUUAUUGAUGCGGAAGGAUUGAAGUUGGGUGGAAAUGGCGAGUUGGCCAUUACGACGACAACUACAACAGUGACUACUACGGUCACAAAGGUCAAAAGGGUUGCGGUGUGA